UCGUGAUUACUCCUGGAUAUAAAAUGUCUAAUGACCUUAAAAUGGAAUGCUUUGCUGAAAUUGAACAUGAAUGCUUCAAUUUUACGUGGGUAAUAAAGAAUUAUUUUUUAAUAAUGGGAAAAGAAGGACCCCUGAGCUCGCAUAGAGCCAGCAUCGAUAUUGAUCACGGAAUACAGUUACAACUGUAUUUCAAACAAAACGAUAGUAACAAUCGUUAUGUUAUUUUAUAUCUUUAUCUACAUGGCUUAAAAAAUGAUACAGAUAAAAAAAAGUUUUCUUAUAAGAUAUCAGUUAUCAAGGAUGACCAAAUAGUGUACACACGAAUGGAUUUUCCGGAUAAGGCUUUAGGAGAAAAAAUUUUCGAAAUGGAACGCAAAGAUAUUAGCAAAUUCGUUUCAUCCACUGGUACUUUAACUAUUCACUGUGAAUUAACAUACGCUACGGGAAAUCUAAAACAAUUCUUAAACAAUAAAUCUGUCGUUACGAAUGAGGUACCAAAGCUAAAAUUUGACUGGAUAUUACUUGAUGAGAAUUUGGCUGAUAUCAAGCUACAAACUGCAGAAAUAAAAGAAAUCCCAGCGCAUAGGGUCGUGCUCGCCGCUGCAAGUCCAGUAUUUAAGGCCAUGUUCAGUCAUGACAUGUUGGAAAAUAAAAGCCAAUCGGUUGACAUGACGGAUAUUAACUACGAAGCCGCAGUUGAGAUGUUACGUUACAUUUACACAGGCAGUGUCAAAGACUCAAGAAUUUUCGUUGACUACUGAAGUUGUAGCUGCUGCCGACAAGUAUCAAAUUGAAGGACUGAAAGAGGAGUGUGAGAAAAUAUUAAUAUCCGCUUUAUCAACUGAAAAUGCGAUCGAGGCUAUUAUGAUAUCUAAUAAAUACAAUACAAAUAAUUUGAAAAUAAAAGCAGUUGAUUUUGUCAAACGUAAUAUCAGCGAAUCUCCAAACUCCGA